AUGCUCAAGAGAACACCAAGGAAGAGAGUCCCUUUCGGCGAUGUUGAGAGUGAGAUCAACGCAACUGCUGAUGAGACCAACAUCAUGAAAUCAGCAAUGCUCAUGCGCUCACCGUCUCCAUCGCCAGGAGGAAAGGGAAAGAGAUUACUCUGCAGCCCGGGCAAGAACAACUAUCCCUCUGCCAAGAACCCGGACCUCCUCCUCGAGGUCAAGGACGACACGCAGUGGGACGACGUGAGCAACGAGAUCAAUGCCUGCUCUCCUAAAGAUCUCUCCUCCAUCGAGCUGUCCCUGGGAGAAAGCAGGAAGACCCGUUCCUCCCGCAAGACUCCCUCCACGAAGAAGGCCGAGCAGGAGGACCAGGAGAACGUCGUUGAUUCGCAUCCUCAGCCCACCAAGACUCCAACUCGCUCCAGGGCAAAGGCUGCCGCUGCAGCUCCAGUAGAUGUUCCAGCACCAGCUCCAGUCGCAGAAACAGCGCCAGCCCCUCCUCCUUCCGUCUCCUCCAAGAGCGACUCUCCAAUCCUGGCCAGUCCUGGACCUGUGACCCGCUCCCGGAGCAGGAAGAGCGUGACGAAGCCCAUGGAAAUGAAGGCCGAGGAGAAGAAAGAAAAGGCCACCGAGGAGAACCAGGUCGAGGAGAGGAGGGAGGAGAGUAAGGAGGAAGUGAAGUUGGAGGAGGAAGUUGCUGCUGUGACGGCGGGGGACCUCGAUGUUGAAACAACGGUGUCUGCGCCGUUCCCGAAGAUGUCCGAGAGGAAUCUGCCUGUUGUGAUGAUUGGAGUCUUAUUCUUUCUUGCCAUGUCUGCGGCGAUGUUCUUUUUCCUGAAUUCUUCAUCAUCUCGCGUCGAGUUGUAA